CUGGAUAUGCCUUCUGCUUUGGAAAUCAAAACUCUCCCUCUUAUCGACAAGUCCCCGAGAAGCCACUGAUUCAAUCUUUUCUUAGUUCUUUGGAUAAUAGGAUUAAAAUUUAAUGAACUUCUGUUCUGUUGAUUUUUAUUUAUUGUAAUUCCUAAGUAUUUAACUUCCAAUUUGACUGGGAUGUUACAAUAAGAGGUUGCUGAACAAUCUUUGAUCGCCAUUAGUUAACACUUCUUUACAUUCAAAUAAACACCAGAUGCUUUAGAAAACACUUCUAUUGUUUUGAUUGCGCUGGGGGACUCGGGGCAGAUCGUCAACCCCGAGCUCAGCGAGACGCGUCAUUUGACGUCACGGACAAGAUGGCGGUUAGCCUUAGCAACCUUUUGUGAACCGUAAAAAAACGUUAAACAAUUUUUACAACACGUAAUAUGUAUAAACAUUAACGUUGAAACAUCCAGAAACUGUUUAUGAACAAACGCCCAUGUUUGAAUAACUACCAUAAUGAGAACGGGGUCUCAUAGUGACAUCAUGUGGUAAACAUGCGAAUGUGACGCGUGAUUGACUGGAACGCAUUGAGGUCGGAGGACUGGAGUCUAUGUGCUGUUGGCGUUUUGUGGUGAAUUUUUGGAAUCUACGUAGGCCUUUAUAUCUGCACUAUCCUUAGCAAAGAACAACCCAGAGUAACCAUGGCAACAGCAGCAUCCUCCGAGUCUGAAUACCAGAUACACAUUACAACAAUGUGGAGAGUAAUUCCAUCAGUAGAUGCUGUCAGGACCACUGCAAAGGAUUAUGUAUGACUUCUCAGCUGGGAAUGGAUGAUACCUGCUAACAGCUGCCAUGUUUACAUGUAAUGGCAGCACAUUGGAUGGGUGUGGCCUCCUUGAACCGAUUGAAACUGAGAUUCAGGAUGCUGAGACUGCCCUUAUGCCCACCACUCUAAGGGUGGCACUGGCUGCCAUCAUGAUCUUCAUGAUCACCAUCGGUUUCCUCGGCAAUGCCAUCGUGUGUCUUAUCGUGUAUCAGAAACCGGCGAUGCGUUCAGCAAUUAAUCUUCUGCUGGCCACGCUGGCCUUCUCUGACAUCAUGCUGUCGCUGUUGUGCAUGCCGUUCACUGCCGUCACCCUGGCAACGACAGACUGGAGCUUCGGAGUGGGCUUCUGCCGUGUGUCGGUAAUGCUUUACUGGCUGUUUGUUCUAGAGGGCGUGUCUAUCCUGCUUAUCAUCAGCGUUGACCGUUUCCUCAUCAUCGUUCAGCGACAAGACAAGCUGACACCCCAUCGAGCCAAAAUUCUCAUAACUGCAUCAUGGGCUCUGUCGCUAUGCGUGUCCUUGCCAUCCAUGAUCGGCUGGAGGACUGCUGGGAUCGGGGCGCAAGUGCCGCAGUGUAUUCUGGGAUAUAGCGAAUCGCUGGCGGACCGGGGUUACACGGUGCUGCUCGCAGUUGCUGUGUUUUUUGUGCCCUUCACUGUAAUGUUGUACUCAUACCUGUGUAUUCUAAACACAGUCCGUCGGAAUGCGCUGCGCAUCCACAACCAUACCAGCGAAGUCAGCGUCGCCAUCAACCACGUCAGCAAACUGGGUUUAACCGGUCUGCAGCGCCCCCAAGUCAACAUUGACAUGAGUUUCAAAACUAGGGCGUUUACCACCAUCCUAAUUCUUUUCAUCGGCUUCUCUGUGUGCUGGUUGCCACACACCGUGGUGAGCCUGCUGGCAGUGUUCAGUAAGCGGUUUUACCUCAGCCCAGCUUUUUACCCCAUUAGCAUCGGAGCGCUGUGGCUGAGUUACCUAAAAGCCGUCUUUAACCCUGUGAUAUACUGCUGGAGAAUCCGAAAGUUUCGGGAGGCUUGUCUGGAGUUUAUACCCAAGAGCUGUCAGCUCUGUCCCAAGAUUCCUGGGAGAAGUCGCAGGCGUAUACGACCCAGCAACAUUUACGUGUGCAGCAGUGAGACCCAAUCUUCGGUCUAGGAUGUACACCAACGUAUAUUUAAGCCAACAACUGAAGAUUCUAUGUCUGUUCAUUGUAAAAAAUCUUUGCUGCCUUAAAUUUUAAGUAAAAUCUACUUGGCUUUAAGUCAUUUCAAUUUACUAAUUUAAUUGUUGACCAGUGCUAAGCUGAUAUAACUUUUAAAAAUGAGUUACAAUUGCUUAAUGGGGCCGUUCCCCGUGAAGCCAAUUUUCAAACUUUAGUUAAUGUGUAAAGUUGCUGUUAGAGCAUAAACAAUAUCUGCAAAAUGAUCAAGCUCAAAGUUCAAUGCCAAGCGAGAUAUUGUCUUUAACAAAAUUCGCUUUUCAAGGACUACAGAGAACGGCUGAAAUCGGACUACAGCCCUUUACUUCCCGGGUACAUGAUUUCACUAUUCCGAGUUUUUGAAAAACCUCCGCCCAAAGGAAUACGCCAAAAAAGGGACGUUCCUUAGAGAUGAGGAUGAGCCGCUGGAGUAGUAUUUGAUUCUCACUCAGAGAUUGUAAACAUUUAACUGAGCUGCGCGCUUAAUCACUUUCACUCUCAUCACAGUCCUACAGCUGGUAAUAAGAAUUCAGCUGCACACAUUCUGAGAUAACCAACGGUCAAAUAACAGCUUCCAUGACUUUAACAUUAGGCUGUGAAAGCUGUUCUGUGUAACACACAUGAUAUUGUGUGUGUGUGCGCAUACCUCUAAAACACUUCUAUGAAACGUCCUUUGAAGUCCUGCAUGCAAAUGUCUCCUAGUCAAUCUGCUUGUUUUAUUAUCCAACUCGGGUCCAAUAUAAAAAGGCAAAACUAACACUUCUGUUAUUAGUGUUAAUUAAUAUAACAGGUCUGACCCAAUCGGUCCGGUGUCAUUUCCCUCGCCAUAGUAGGAAAAAAAUUGCGAUCUCUAACAGAGAUUGACGUUUGCACAUGCACUAGCAGACCUCCGUUACACUUCGAUCGAUCCGCAUGUUUUGAACUGAUGAAGUGAAGUUGACGCCAUUGUUACUGUUUAUUGCUAAAAGCCAAAGAUUAUGAAUACACGUGCACUGAGAGGGGGACCGACCAAUCACAACAGCCUGAGAAGCGUAAGCUGAUAUGGUCUGGGUGGGACAUAUUCAGACACAUGCUCUAAGCAGGGAACCAAUCACGACAGACCUGGUCAGCUUUACCAAUCAGAGCGUUUCGGAAGGAGGGACUUUAUAUAAACUGGAAAAAAUCCAGCUGUUUUGUGAGAAGUGAGAAGAGGGACAGCGGUGAACAAUAGACUUGAAAUAUGUGAAAUAUAAAGCGCUUUUUGCUUUAAACUAGAAACAUGAACAUCCACUGUUAAACACCCAAAAAACAUAAUAAAAGCUUCAAAAACAGCAAAAGAAUGGCCCCUUUAAAUUAUUUUGGCCCGGUUUCACAGACAAGCUUUAGCUUAAUCCAGGACUAUGCCUUAGUUAAACUAGGAUAUUUAAAUCCAUAAAUUAUGUAAAAAUGUUGAAAUGACAUGAAAACCAAGUUGAUAUUUAAAAAUUCAGACAGCAAAGAAUUGUUUUGAAAUAUGUCACUGGUGUGUUUGAAACUAUUUGAUGAUUUUAAAUAUGUUUGAAUGUAAGGCUUGACAAGCAACUCCAUAUGUCAAUAGUCUGCAGUAAUGAUGGGAACAGCAUCAGCCAUCUAAAGUUUUUUAAGCAAUACACAUUUAUGUUCCUAAACUGAGUCAUUUUUUGUUGAAGUUCUGGAGUUUUGUAAAACAGUCAAAUUACCAAAUAAAGCAACUCAACUCUCGAACUGGUAGAUUUUUUCAAUGCAUUUUUUUAGUUGUGCAUUAUUAACAUUGUGUGCAUUUGGCAUCGAAAACAUAAAAUUCGUUCAGAUUUUAUUAAUACAAGCAUGCAUUUCUUGGGAAAGGAACUCGUGACUGGUGUUCCUACAUUGGUUAUCCUCUAUGAUGACCAAAAAAGUGCAUAAGCGUUGAAAAAGAUAUUCGGACAAGUUAAUAUUUGCUGUUAUAACAGCAGUAUUGGUUAACCAUUGCUUAAAGGGAAAGUUCACCCAAAAAUGUACAUUUUGUCAUUAUUUACUCACAAAAUUUCAAAGCUGUAUGACUUACUUUCUUCUGCAGAACAUUAAAGAAGAUAUUUUGAAGAAUGUUGGGGUUCAUACACUUACAAUGGUCUUUACUCGCCCUCUCGCUUUAUCUGAACAAGCUUGUCUCUUUCGUUAAAUAGAUAGUUCACCCAAAAAUUAAAAUAUGUCAUUUACUCACCCUCAAAUAGUUUCAAACCUGUAUACAUUUCUUUUUUUCUGUUGAAUACAAAAGAAGACAUUUUAAAGAAUGUGUGAUACCAAACAGUUCUGGGCACCAUUGACAUAGUAGUUCAUUUUCCUACUAUGGUAGUCAACAAAGGCGAUACCCAUUGACUUGCAUUGGUUUUGUGUCUAUACAAUAGAAGUGAAUGAGUACCCCCAUUUUUUGCUUACCAGCAUUCUUUAAAAUACCAAGAAGAAAGAAAGUCAUACAGGUUUGAAAUGACAAUAGGGUGAUUAAAUGAUGACAGAAUUGUCCUUUUUGGGUCAACUAUCACUUUAAGGUCAAACAUGAAAUAAGCUUUUCCUAACACAGUUACACUGUACUAUAAAAUAAAUUCAGACUAUGUUUUAUACACCAUUGGUUUGUUUUGAGUAUCACUGUUGAGGUGAAACUGCUUAAGCGAAAGCGAAUGUUUUUUUGUGUAAAUAAAAAUAGCCAUUUAAUAA